AUGGAUGCUAAGUCCUUAACGGACCUCCUUUGUGCGUUGGAUGGCGACUCUGCUGUUCACCUCAUCUUGGAAGCGUUGCGAACUCGGCCAGCCCUAAGUCCAGCAGUUGUGAGCUUCGCUUGCCCCGCAUUGACCUAUGCCCCGGCCCGGGGCAUGAUGGAGCGGCGCUGCCGGGGCGUGGUGAAGCAUGUGGACCGUACCCAGGGCUUUGGCUACAUUGCCAGCCCCGAAAUCGAGGCCACGUUUGGGAUGGACGUUGUUGUCCGAGACAUCCAGCUUGGCGCAUUUCAAACUGGCGAGGAGGUCAGCUUCACGUGUGUGUUGAACGAGGAGAACAAACCACAAGCCUACGAGGUUCUGACUGUGGCCGGCACGCCACAUCCAGGUGUUGCUCCCACACCAGAAUGGGCCGACUGGAACGAGUGGACGGAUGGAAACGACCCCAAGAAGCGCAGACUCCAAGUGGCUUAA